CAUAGCAAACCCAAACCCAAACCCAAACCUUAUGCCAUUCAAAAUGCUGUUUGACUGAAAGUCAAAAACUGACACUGCAAUUCUUUACUAAAGACGCACCAGUAAGUUCAAGGAGGCGUGAAGAAUUGGUUUUGAUUUGUGAUUUUAUGACAACAUUUCGACAUCCAAUUGGAUAGUCGAGCACCUUGCACGAGGAGCAUAGUGGAGCACUUCGACCUUCGACACAACACUAGCCUACAGCGAACGUCCACAAGACUUUCCAGUUGUGGCACAACCUGCCAGCACUAGCACUGACAUUCUUGGGGGCUCAGUCGCAAGGGGAGAGAGAGAAAACACCUCAGUUCAGCCCUGCACAGGAUCAUGGCUUCAACAGGGAUUCCAGAGGACGUGCUCAGAAAUGAGAAACUUAUCAAGAAACUCGUGGAGAUAGCAAAGGAUGCUGCCCUUAUGAAUGGCAUUCUGAUGCGGACCAAAGAAACGCCCAAUGACUCGGAGGUGGUAGGCUUUGCUCCGUUCGCGCUGUUCCCCUCCCCGGUGCCCAGAGCUCUGUUCCAGCAGGCGUUGGCUGUGCAGGUGCAUUUCAACCUGCUGGUGGACAAGAUCAGUCAGAGCCCAGACUUCCUGGAGGAGGCCCUGGCUAGUACAAUCAAGGUGGAUGAAUUCACGGCAAAGCUGUUCAGCAUACACAGACAGGUUCUUCAGGAGGGCUGUGCACAGUCAAUCACCCUGGGGCUCAACCGCUCAGACUACAUGCUGGAUCAAGCGGAGGAUGGUGGCACUUCUCUGAAGCAAAUCGAGAUCAACACCAUCGCUGCCAGCUUUGGUGGCCUCUCUUCACGCACACCAGAUGUCCAUCGGCACAUCCUGCAGGUUGCUGAGCGGAUAGAAGAGCAGAAGAAACUCCUUGACAACAACCCUGCAGCUGGUCUGGCCAGGGGCAUAGCCAAGGCCUGGGAACUUUACGGCUCAGAAAAGGCGGUUGUCAUGUUUCUGGUGGAGGACACCCAGAGGAACAUAUUUGACCAUCGCUACGUGGAGAACGAGCUGUGGAAGAGAAAUAUUACUGUCAUUCGACGGCAGUUUGAGGACGUCUGCCAGACUGGCUCUUUGGCUGAGAACAAGAGGCUGUUUGUGAAUGGACAGGAAGUGGCUGUUGUGUACUUCCGCAAUGGAUACAUGCCACAGAACUACAGUAAUGAGCAGUGCUGGGACGCCCGUCUUAUGAUGGAGAGGUCGCUGGCGGUGAAGUGCCCCGACAUCCGCACCCACCUGGCGGGCACCAAGAAGGUGCAGCAGGAGCUGGCCAGGCCAGGGGUGCUGGAGCGCUUCCUCCCCAACCAGCCGGACGUGGUGGCCGAGAUCCGGGCCACCUUCGCGGGACUCUACACCCUCGACAUGGGAGUAGAAGGAGACAAGACCGUGGACAUGGCUUUGGCUAAACCUGACCUGUACGUCCUGAAACCACAAAGGGAAGGAGGAGGGAACAACAUAUACGGCCAGGAGAUCUGUCAGGUGCUGCAGGGAAUGACUGACAGCUCUGAGCGGUCCGCCUACAUCCUGAUGGAUAAGAUUCGGCCCUGCCCAGUGCUGAACUACCUCCUCAGGCCAGGCGGAGCACUCCGGCUUACGACAUGCCUCAGUGAGCUGGGCGUCUUUGGGGCUUAUGUCAGACGGGGGAAAGAAAUGGUGAUGAACGAGUGCGUUGGUCACCUGCUGAGGACCAAGAGCUCUGAGCAUGCGGACGGUGGAGUGGCUGCAGGAGUGGCGGUGCUGGACAACCCCCUGCUUAUCUGAUGGCCCCCUCUGCAGGUGGGAGGGGGGAAGUGCACAUGUGUUGCAGCCCCAACUGAAGACGCAAUCUUUCAUUUUCACAUGCUUGUUUUCAGGCCAGCCAGAAACGGUGCUGGUGUACAAUAAAUCGAUAUGGGAUGCUUUAUUAAGAUGAGCUACCAAUAGGCUUUUAACAUAGCCCAAACCAUAACCCUACUCCUACCCCUAACCUCUAGAUACAGUAGCUAGGAGGGGUUACGAAAUCAGUAAAGUCGGCCCUGCCGUGGCCAACCGGUAGGGCACUUGUCUGCCAUGCGGCCGACCCAAGUUCGGUUCCCAGCCCGGGUCAUUUGCCUACACCUCCCCGUCUCUCUCCCCAUUCGCUUCCUGUCCACUUCUCAUACUGUCCUGUCAUCAAUAAAGUCGAAAAAGACCAAAAAAAGAGAAAUGAUCAUGCGGCUUGUGGCAUCUACCUACAGACACUAAAGUAACACCAUUCCCCAAACCUAGCCUCUUGAGGUGCUUGCUUGGUAUAGUGUGUGUGGUAAUGGCUUGGUAACUCAGGUCAACUGGGUAGCUCAUAUUGACAGAGCAUCUGUUCUUACACUAGGAACUAGAGACUGGUGAUGAACCUGCUGAUGCCUACUUUGCUUGCUUAGGGAAAAAAAGUUUUUUUUAUGUGAUCUUGUCAGGCAGAAAGAUAAAGCAUGGUGGAGGAACUGGCACCGGCACCGCCACAGUUCUCUGUUGGCCUGAAAAUGUUCAAAGUGGGGAACAUCACGUGUUGCCAGUCUCACCAAAUGACACAAGCUUUAACAUUUUCCGACUGAUGAACUUUUCAAAUGGACUAUUAAGCUAUUGUAUUUCAUGUCUGAAUCAUGUCAUGAAUCAUCAAAAACUGUGAUACUUUAUAUCAUCCGUGACUUGACAUCGCUAUUGUUGCAGUGACAUUCUUACAGUAGGACAAUGGUUAAUUAUUUUUUAUAUGUAAAUAAAUAGGCCUACACAAACAAGUGUAGUUAUAGUUGCCAUAAGUGCCCUUAUAUUUUCAGGUACUGUAGAUGAUUCAGAAGUGUUCCUGAUCUCUGAUCUUAGAUUUUUGUGCUGUCAAAAUUUAGUCAUCAGUUUUCACAAGGAACAGCGUGACACUGCUUCUUCACGGUUCACGACUUUUUAUUUUUCUUGGUGCUGACGUCUCGGCACUUAGGUCUUCAUCAGAGUCAGUGCUGUCAAAAUUAGCAGAGAAUAGACACCUAAUGCUGUAAAAAAAGACCAAGUCUCAAGUGUGAACCGACAAAAAAGGCAAACUUUUCCACUGUACUAUUGACAAUUGCAAAAAUGUUAAAACUGAUAUUGCAGCCUGGAGACCAAUAUGUCUCUCGUGCUAUCCAUGUUUAUUAAACAAUUUUAUUUUA